GCCGCCGCCGGGCAGUGACGCGCGGCAGGCUCCAUCGGGCGGCAUGGAGGAAGCGGGCGGUGGAGCACCGGCCCCGGCGCUGGCAGAGCUGCAGGCGGACGAGUGUUAUGCUGACUUCUUCAGAGAGGACUUUGAUGUGAAAGCUUACACGUCGCAGUCGAUCCAUCAGGCGGUGAUAGCUGAGCAGCUCGCAAAGCUUGCCCAAGGUAUCAGCCAGCUGGAUAAAGAGCUUCACGUACAAGUUGUUGCAAGACAUGAAGAUCUGUUGGCUCAAGCAACUGGAAUUGAAUCCCUAGAAGGUGUUCUCCAAAUGAUGCAGACCAGAAUUGGUGCUCUACAAAGUACUGUUGAUAGAAUUAGAGCCAAAAUUGUUGAUCCCUACAACAAAAUAGUGUCUCGCACAGCUCAGCUAGCAAAGCUUCAGGCUGCCUGUGACUUGCUGCGGAGGAUAAUACGCAUCUUGCAUCUCAGUAAAAGACUUCAAGGACAACUACAAGGGGGAAGCAGGGAGAUAACAAAAGCUGCCCAGAGUCUCAAUGAACUUGAUUACCUUUCUCAAGGGAUAGAUCUGUCUGGAAUAGAAGUAAUUGAAAAUGACCUGCUUUUUAUUGCAAGAGCUCGGCUGGAGGUAGAAAAUCAGGCUAAAAGGUUACUUGAGCAAGGUGUGGAGACUCAGAGUCCUACUCAAGUGGGGACUGCUCUUCAAGUAUUUUAUAACCUUGGAACUCUGAAGGAUACCAUUGCUAAUGUGGUGGAUGGAUACUGCACAGUGCUGGAGGAGAACAUAAAAAAUGCUUUGGAUAUCAAAGUACUGACCCAACCAUCUCAAACUGUUACAAGAGGUGGCCCUGGUAGAGCUGCUAUGCCAACACCUGGGAACACAGCAGCUUUUCGGGCAGCUCUCUGGACCAACAUGGAGAAACUCAUGGAUCAGAUCUGUGCUGCUUGUGGACAGGUGCAGCACUUGCAGAAACUAUUGGCAAAGAAAAGAGAUCCUAUUUCACAUGUCUGCUUCAUUGAGGAAAUAGUUAAGGAUGGACAGUCUGAUAUUUUGUACAAAUUUUGGACUGCAGUAACUCAGACUCUUUCCUCUCAGUUUCAGUCUGCAACAGACUCUUCUAUGUUUUUGAAACAAGCUUUUGAAGGAGAAUACCCUAAAUUACUGAGACUUUAUAACGACUUGUGGAAGCGCCUGCAACAAUAUAGUCAAAAUAUUCAGAGGAAUUUUAACACAAGUGGAAGUCCUGAUCUCUUUACUGAACUACAACAAAUGGAGGAAGAUGCACAGGACAUAUUCAUGCAAAAAACCCAAGAUUAUGACCCAGAAAAGGCCUUGAAAGAUUCGCUGCAACAAUAUGAAGCUGCUUAUUUGUCAAAAUCCCUAUCUCGACUCUUUGAUCCUAUCAAUCUUGUCUUCCCUCCUGGAGGUCGGAACCCUCCCUCUUCUGAUGAGCUUGACAGCAUCAUCAAAACGAUAGCCAGUGAGCUAAAUGUGGCUGCUGUUGAUCCAGACCUCAGUUUAGCUGUGGCCAAAAAUGUGGCAAAGACCAUUCAGCUCUAUGGUGUAAAGUCUGAACAGCUUCUGUCUACUCAAGGAGAUGCCAGCCAGGUGAUUGGACCUCUCACAGAGGGACAGAGAAGGAACGUGGCUGUAGUUAAUUCACUACACAAACUACACCAAGCAGUUCUGAAGGUUGUUACCAAUCAGAACUCAUUCCCAGCAGCUGCUGAGGAAGCGAUCACAACUGCCUUGAAGGCAGUCCAUGAUCUAAUGGGUAGUGCUGUUCAACCAUUACUGAACUCUGUAGGAGAUUCAGUAGAAGCUAUUAUCAUCACGAUGCACCAGGAAGAUUUUUCUGGAUCAUUAUCCAGCUCAGGAAAACCAGAUGUCCCUUGUUCUCUGUACAUGAAAGAACUACAGGGUUUUAUAGGAAGAGUCAUGAGUGACUACUUCAGACAUUUUGAGUGCUUUGACUUUGUCUUUGAUAACACUGAAGCCAUGGCACAAAGAGCAAUUGAACUUUUCAUUCGCAAUGCCAGUCUAAUCAGGCCCCUUGGUGAAGGUGGGAAGAUGCGGCUUGCAGCAGAUUUUGCACAGGAGAGAAACAACCAUUUAAGACUUACCAAGCAGAAUUAUAUUUUGCUCUGCAGGGAUCUUCUUCCUCAUGGUUCUUCCCAGCUAUGAGCCCAUGGCUCCCACCAGCUCAGGGACAUCAGCUCCUACAGGAUGUCAGUGCUGUUGCCUGAAAAGAAACUGAAGAAAUCAGAGCUGCCAUUUGUUUUCCAAGGUCUGCUGGGAUCUUGUAUCAUUAUGCAGCAAAUCCUACUUAUAAGCUCUUCUUCUGGGCCGCUUGCUGCUUGUCCCAUGCAGCAGAAUGGAAGCUUCUUGGCUCCCAUACAUGCACAGAAGUGUGGAAGCAACUGGCUGACCUUGUGUUAAUCUUCAUCACCAUAUAGAGUUUGCGCUCCUCCCUGCAGAAAUCCUAAGGGUGAACCUGCGCGUGCUCAGCAUUGCUCACUUGUGCCAGCAAAUUCAGAACAAGGCACUGCAGCUGAGAAUUCCUCCUGAGCAAGAUGAUACUGGCAUCCCAUGGCAUGCUGAACGUGAGGCAUGUACUACAAAGCCUCUGGGCCCAGGGAGCAGCUUUGUGCUGCGGGAGCUUUACAGCUUUACCCAUCACCUUUCUGAGGUUCUCCCUCUCCAUGUGUGUAGAGGAAGUGUAGAUGGCAAGCUGGGGUGCUCUCAGUCUCCCAGAUUUGUCUGAUGGAGUGUCACCUACUGAGUAGUCCUACAACAUGACACACCUGACCUAAUUCAGAUAUUUCCCUCAGGGUUUCCCACAGCAGAAGUGGUUGUUUCUCUCCAGUGACGAUGAAGCUAAUUUACAGAUGUUGAGAACCAGUUGAGGGGACUCCCAUUAUGCACACAGAAUCUCAGAGUGGCUGAGGCUGGCAGUGCCCUCUGUGUUCCUCUGCCCAACCCCUGCCCCAGCAGGGACACCCAGAGCAGGGUGCCCAGGGACAGAGCCAGGCAGUUUCUGGAGAUCUCCAAGGAGGAGAUCCGCAGCCUCCAGACAGCUGUGCCAGUGCUCAGCCACUCACACAGCACCGUAGUUUUUCCUCAGCUUCUGAUGGCACCUCCUGUGUUCCAGCUUUUGUAUCUUGUUCCUGGGCAUCAAUGGGAAGUAUGCCAUGUAUUUUUUAAGUGAUGUGCUGCUGUUGAAGGUGGAUUGCAGGCCACUGCUUGCAGGAUGUGGUCUUGACUGGCAUUAACUGCUAAUAAAAUUUCUUCUAGUUUUAGAAGAACUGAGGCAACAGAGUUUCCCAUAUUGUCUUUGUUUAAGCUGACAGUGACAAGGAACCCCAGCAGUGCAGUCAGGUGCUUCUUGGGAGCUGGUGUUCCAGCUGAGAAAAUGAAAACUGGGAAAAGCAGCAGUAUUGAAGACUUCAUUGUAAAUACCGUAUUAUCACAAGUGCUUUGGAACAAGUUCAGUGGUGUUACUUAAAUGGGAGGCUAUUGUAUGGUGGUUUUCAUUUCUGAUCCUUUGAAGCGUUGUGAUUAUGCAUUACUUGGAAAUCAGUUUGAAUAAUUUUCUAAAUUGGGGAUUUUAAAAGAUCUACACGAAGAAUAAAAUUUGCAUCCCUCUGUUGACUGACACUUCAGGUAUGCAAAACAAAAGUCUUAAUCCACGUCUGGAUUUUCCCAAUGUUUCAUUUUUUUAGUGGUGGUGUUUGUAUUAUUGUACACGUUAACCAAAAUUUUGCCAGGUAAUGGCACUGAAGAGUUCAGUCUGGGAUCUGGAGGUGAAAUUGUUUUCUCACUUCUGUGUCUUAAGUGAUAAUGAUGGUUUUGUGAUGGGAAUUUAGUUACAUGUAAAUGAUGUAAGAACCUAAGCAGAAUCUGGCUCUUGUUUGUAAAGACAAGUGAACUGCAUAUAGCUUAAAAACUAGAGUUUAAAAAUUGCUUGUUUUUAAAGAUGGAUUCUCAGAACAGAGAGUGGACAGUUGAGUAAGAAAUAAUGCUGUUAUGGAUGCACUUUUGUCUGUGAGUCCAUGGUCGUAGGUUCCUGCUGCCUUCAAGUUGAUAUAGGUUUUGUGUCCUUGCAUUUAGGGCUGAGCAUUCAUGAAUGAACUACCUAAAUCUUCUCCUUCACCUAAGGAAAAGGUUUCCAGCUGAAAUAUGUAGGUUGCUCUGAAAGUAACGCUUCCUAUUUAUUGCCAUGCAAACUUCAACAGAUACCAAGAGCAAGAUAACACUAUUUGAUACAGCAAAUCCUCAACUACCAAACACUGUUUUCCAACAUAGUCACCACUGUUAGCUGUGCAUUUUUGCCAGCAAUAAACAGGAGCCUAUAUGCCACACUCAGAAAAAUUUGCAUGGCUGUUCAGAAAGUGGUUUGUCUUUCCCAUCGCUGUCGCCAGUGCUGAGAUGCACCACCCACCACCUCACUGUGCUCACAUCCACUGGUUGGUCUCCAUAAACAUCCAGCAAGUGUCAGUGAAUGUCAGUGGGUACAGUUUCUUCUGUGCGGAGGAAUUUGGUUCCACAGCUUUGUUUCAUCCACACUUCCAUGUCAGACCCCAUUCUGUCAGUCUGUCCCUCUGCUGCCAUCUGUCACUCAGCAACAAAAUGUAAUGGGAUAUUGGUGGGAAGGUUGAGCCCCUAUUGCCGUACCACCAACAUCCACCUCUGCUGUCAUGGGCCAAUAAAAUAAAAUAGCAGGCAUUACUUCUGGAGCAGCCCUUGUAUGUGUGCAUUUCUACUGCAUUUGUAGUGGUUUGCAGAAACCUGCCCAGAUUUCCUUUCUUCCCACUCUGACAUCAGAAUUUUGGGGCUCUUAAUGGAAGUGGUUCAUCAGGAAACUCAUCACUGUCCACAUGAGCUCAGACAAACAAAGCUUCAGCUGCAGGAAGCUCACAAGAGCAUGUCCCGUUUUUAUCUAUAGCUAUUGUUUGUGUGCUGCUUGCUGUGCUGCCAAGGAUGAGCAGAAGAUUUGGCUUAGGCACUGCAAUAUGAAAGAACAGCUUCUUGUCCCAAAGGCAGCCACCGGUGAGAAACUGAUGAGUUGGCCUGCAAGUCUGGGUUAUUAUUUAAAGGCAGACCACUGAAAU